AUGGAUAGUGUGUACAAUGAGAUGAGGGUUGAAGCAGCCCAAACCAUAAACCAUGAAAUUGCAGCAGGGUCACAAACAUUGGCCGCUCCUGAAAUGACAGCUCUUUCCAUGAAGGCCCUCACUUCCGUCAGCAUGACUGUUAUGUCUGUCAUAGCUGUGGGCAUUGCCAUUGCAGCAACAGUGGUUCUGACCAGGAAUCCAGCUCCAAGUCCACCAGUGUAUGCUGAUUCUAGACCACUUUGCAAUGCAUCCACUCAUGAUGACAAUGAAACUAAGAUGGGCAUCACUCAACUUGUGGUUGGGGAUGUGAACUCAGAUGUUCUGUUGACAAAGAAGCGAGAGCUGGAAGAUGCCUUCCUGGAAAUCUACAACGAUCAAACUGGUGGCUGUGAUGACAGUUAUGAACGAUUCAUGUUGAAAAGUGAGUUGGUCCAGGCAGAGACCAUUACAACAGAGGAAAAAUCAUGGACUGUGACUUGGUGGAAGUCAACUAUCAGUUGCAAUGGAUGCUCUGAUGUAGCCCCUUUGUUUGGAGUGCCCACUGAUGGAACUCUGAGAUCUGUUGAGCUUGAGAGUUUUGAGGCCCAGUUCUUACAAACAGUGGCUGAUACUGUUGAUGCGAAGUUGGCUGCCCAUUCUCCUUCAGAUCCAUUGAUUGUUCCAGCUUUGGAGUUGGAUGCUAAUAGCAACAGAACCAGUGGCAACCACCCACUGUCCACCAUCCCAAGCACUGUUUGGACAAAUCAAACACAAGGCACAGCACCAGCAGAUAAUCGGGCUACUGAACCACCCAACCCUCACAAAUACACAGCUGCAUUUGCUUCAGGGGGAGGGACUUCUGUCAUAGUGUCAACUCCGGCACCCAUCACACUGGCACCCUCAAGGAGUGAACAACUGGGGGAUUCGCCAAAACAGAACGGCCAAGUGCUGAUGUAG